AAAACAGGCUGUCAAUUUCAGUUGGUUUUCGACGUGUGCUUGGUCCCUACCCCGCUCACCCCGCAUUCUUCGCACGAAUCCACCGCAACGACCAUCAUGUCUCACCAAUUCGAGGACGCACAGGGAGGGGUCGUGCGCGUCGACAACACGCGGCUGGCCAUCGACAACUAUGCGGAGGUCAUCAAGGACGCCGCCGCGGCCGACGCGGCCGACCACAAGCUGUCCGUGCGCGAGGCGUUCCGGAUCUACCGCAAGGCUGUGAUCUGGAGCGCGCUGCUGUCCGCGGCGUUGAUCAUGGAUGGGUACGACGUGGUGGUGAUCGCGUCGUUCUACGAGCAGCCUGCGUUCUUGAAGCGAUUCGGUGUCACGGACAACGCGGGGCACCGGACGAUCCCCGCUCCAUGGCAGUCUGGACUCGGAAACGGUUCGAGCGUCGGCGCUAUCAUCGGUCUUAUGAUCAACGGCUGGGCGAGCGAGCGCUUCGGACCGCGCCGGACCUACAUGUGCGCCAUGGUUGGGAUGAUUAUCAGCAUCUUCGGCCCCGUAUUCAGCCAGUCGCUGGCGGCACUCACUGCAUCGGAGAUUGUCUGUGGGAUGUUCUGGGGAGUAUUCCAGACUUUGACCACCGCCUAUGCCUCGGAAGUCUGUCCAAUCGCACUGCGCCACUACCUGACUGCAUACAUCAACAUGUGCUGGGGCUUUGGCAUCUUCCUCUCGUCUGGGGUGGUCCGUGCGUGUCUGACCAUCAACUCCGACUGGGGCUGGCGUCUUCCCUUCGUGAUCCAAUGGGUCUGGCCCAUCCCGCUGAUCCUCGUCGGCUACUUCGCACCCGAGUCGCCGUGGUGGCUCGUGCGCCAGGGCCGGCCCGAGGAGGCCGAGGCGAACGUCCGGAGACUCACCAACCCCGAGCUCUUCUCCGAGCAGGAUGCCAAACGCCAAGUCGCGAACAUGAUCCACACGACUGCCAUCGAGCGUGAGAUGCAGGCCGGGACUUCUUACCUGCAGUGCUUCAAGGGGAUCGAUCUGCGCCGGACCGAGAUUGCUAUGAUGGUGUUUGCCUGUCAGUUGCUCUCUGGGCAGAAUCUGAUUGGACAGGGUGUACAAUUCUUCGCACAGGCUGGUUUGAACACCCUCGCUACUUACAACCUGAACCUGGCCUUGAAUGCUAUGUUCAUCAUCGGCACCGUCGUUUCCUGGUUCUUCCUGGCCCGGUUCGGCCGGCGCACGAUCUACUUUUCGGGGAUGGUCGUUAUGGCCGUCGUCCUGCUCAUCAUCGGCGCGCUUGGCUUCCACCCUUCCAAAGGGUCCGAAUGGGCAACAGGCAGCCUGCUCAUCUUCCUCAACCUGGCGUACAACUCGACGCUCGGCGCGGUGUGCUACGUGCUCAUCGCCGAAGUCGGCUCGACACGUCUGCGCGCCAAGACGGUCGUGCUCGCGCGGUGCGCGUACCAGGUCAUGAACAUCAUCUGCGGCAUCAUCGUCCCCCGCAUGCUCAACCCGUCCGCGUGGAACUGGGGCCCCAAGGCUGGCCUGUUCUGGUUCGGCAGCGCGACCCUCAGCGCGUUGUAUAUCUGGCUGCGCGUGCCUGAGACGCGCGGCCGCUCGUACGGUGAGCUGGACGUGUUGUUUGAGAACAAGGUCCCCGCUUGGCGAUUCCAUAAGACGGCUGUUGAUCAAUUCGGACUAGGCGACCGUUCGCCUGCGACCGAGAAGCUCAGCGACGAAAUGAACGAAAAGGCGUGAAAACGCACAUGUCUGCUACGAAUUUCUUCAUGUAUAUCUACGAAUUAGUGAUAAAUUAGCCACUCACCUGGGGUCCCUAUAAACGCGUCUACUUAGUCAUCCUGUAUGUACUGACUGCAAUGGAAGCAUCUCUUGAUUUUGAUUUUUGGGUAGACAUGGCUGUGAUCAAGGGGACGGCUUGGCAACCGCCGGCAAGGCCCGGGGACGUCAUCAAGAUUACAUGCAUUUGCAUCCAGGUCUUGGUUCGGUAAUCCUCUUGCCUCAGGAACAGCCGUCUGUGACUGCAAACCCACUAGGCAUUCCAGUGAAUUUAGAGCAUCGUACGAUCGGAUCGAGAACGGAGCGUAAGCAAUCGGACGACAAAAAAUCAUUCCAUUUCAGAGUCGUGUGCACAAUUAUAGCCGGGCUGGACGGAACGUCUAUAACGUACAGUAAAUGACAUGAAUACAGUAGAAUACGAGCAGAUAGCAUUACAUAGAUGGCAGAACAGGCGUGUGUCGUACAGAGCUUCGCCGACCGAGGGGCCGGGAGUGGGACGCAGAGUGUAAACACCGCAAUGCAGGGUGGAGAAAAGGUGGACUCCGGUCGUGGGAUCGUGAUCAUAGGUGGGUGGUAGGUAGGUCACAAAUGACGGACUUUGAGGAGUGCGAUUGGAGAGAGUCCUUCAGAGGGCGGGGAGAGUCGGCGGUGACGAAGUGAAUGUCUCGCAUCAGGGUAGCGCCUGGCGCAGCACGGCCUGGACCUCGUUUUUCCCUUUCUCAAUGAACGUCCACGCCGCCCGCCUGCUUUCCAUAAGCCUCUCCUUCCCAGACGUUUUCACUUGGCCUUGUGCCAAUCCCGACUCCCCAUCUGCGCACGCCGCCGGACGCGCCAUGGCAAACAGCAUGCCGAAGAGGAACAGCACGGACAGCAGUACCCCGAGCGCGACCAUCACGAGCAGCGAGUACACCAGCAGGAAAUUGAGGCUGCGCGCGACGUCCGUCAUGUCCUGCAAGAAGCGCGCCAUCUCCUCCCUCCACCGGUCGUCCGCGCCAGAAGGUAGUCGGGCUGCUUGUUGUGUGCAGAGCGAAACGCACCGAUCGGCGAGGGCAGGCAUCGAUCGUAGAGGACGGGUGGGCUGACUGACUUGGUAGGAAGCGAAUGACGCCGAUGAGUCCCGAGAAUUUGCAUGCUUUAUAAGAAGGCAAGAAGAAACCCGGCGCGGAGACGGACAAAUCUGGAGAAUGACACAUCACAAAUGACUUCGCCGGACACCCACUUGAAUUACCAUGCAUCGGCAAUUUGCGCAAGAAUGAUUUCAUGCUCGGAAUUAGCUCAGGGUACUCUGAUCCUUCCUUCGCCUGCACAUGAGCAAGGUCCAGACGCCAGCUGAGCUUAGGUAGAUGCAGACGGCCCCCGAUUUUAAAAUCGAUGAUGCAUCAUGCCGAAGGCAGGGAAUGGGUCAUGUCAAGCUCAAUGAUGAACCGGAUCAUUGACGUCAUGUUCUGCGAUCGACUCGGAGUAGGUCUAGUCUCCCGGGUUUAUGGUACAUAUCUCGGUUUGGACGCGGUUCUGGGCUAAAGUGGUUCGAUGUGGGUGGGCCAUGCUAACGAGAUUAAGGUUAUGAUAGUCCUGCGUGGAUCUUGCGUCCGACAAUUGAAGCCGGCCGGGUGGGUGACAAAGCUGGCCUGGGCUAUAGAUGCGAGGGGCUUCCCUCUUUGUCAGGAGGUCGAUGCCGGAUGAUGCCGUCGGGGAGAAACGAUCGAGAACUUUCGUCAGCGUCACUGCCCGUCACAGGCUGAGCAUGACGGCGAGCAUAUUACUGUAAUCAUGGUCCCAACACAUUGUAGAUAGACGCGCUAGUCGUAAUAAAUCCACCUGCGUUCAACGUGUCUAGCCGGAGCCGGGCAAACUAAUCUCAAUCUCUCAAUCUCAAUCCCAAUAACGAUCUCCUCAUGACAAAAUCAAACGCGUUUACAAGGAACGUCAGUAGAUCUUUGAGCAUAGCUGGCAAUCCAAUCCGUUAAGCAACAGGAAAAUGAGCCCCCCCACUCAAGGUCACGGCGAUGACACAGGCGGAGCGAAGAACCCUUCUGCGGUGAUCCCAACAGCCUCGACCGCGGCCCCACUGGCUUUGGUCGUCCCCCGCCCAAUCGCAAUCGAUCCUCGCUUGCCCACAGUGCCCACACCCAUCGGCCCAGACCCUUUCUCGACGCUGAUCAACGACCGCGACCGAACAGAUCCAAAGGCGCCGCCUCCGCUCAUGAUGGACCGGGUACCGCCGAGCGAUCCUCCACCCGAGAGCGUUGUGCGAUGCCGGGGUCGGAACGUGCCUUGGCCAUUGCUGUGGCCGUUCGGGCUGCUGCUACCCCACGCGCUGGGCGGCGAAGCUGCCAUCGGCGAGCCUGGACCAAUGGGCAUCACCAGCAUCCCAUCAUCCAAGUCCUCGUCGUCAUUCUGCGAAUGUGCACUGCGCACGCUCUGCCGGCGAGGAGACGGGGGUCGGUACUCGUAGGCGGAUGACGAUGCGGAUGACGAGGCAGAGGGGGCUUCAGCAAGAGGCGCCUGCGCUUCUGCUCGAUCUGGCAACUCGUCGAACACCUCGAAGUAGCGCAGGAUGCACAGCUUCACGAUAGCCCCCAGCGUCGUCUUGCCUUCCGGGAAGACAUCCGUGCUCGGCGACGCUUCCGGUGAGAACAGCGCGGGCCCGCCCGGUACCGAGCACAUCCAGACAUCCCGAAUCGGGUUCGUCUUGCUUUUGACCAAGUUCGGAGACAGCACAACGG